AUGGCUGGCGAACUGAAAUCGUUCCUUGGGCUGGAAGGGCUGCACGUGUUCCUCACAGGCGCGGCGGGGGGGAUUGGGACUGCUGCGGUGAAAGAAUUCUUGGAUCUGGGAUGCCGUGUCACGACUUUUGAUCGGAGAGCCGUGGAUGUCUCUAGCAUAUGUUCGACGCCGGCGCAGGCAUCCAGACUCUUCACCACCCAAGGUGACCUGACCGUUGAAUCUACCAUCGCAGAAGCAUUCAAGUCCGCGACCAAGGCAUUCGGCCCUGUGAACAUCUUGAUUGCGAAUGCCGGCAUCACGGACGAAAGUGCGCAUCCUCCGAUAUGGGAGAUCGAGACAAGUCUCUGGGACAAGGUUAAUGGUAAUAACGUCCGGGGCACCUUUCUCACCGUCAAACAAUUUUUACGGUCCGUGAAAGAGGUACAGGAGGCUCAAGGCAGUGAGCUGGACAACGUUGCCAUUGUCAUAACUGGGUCAGAAACGGGAAAGUUUGGCCAGGAGGGCCAUGCAGAGUAUGCCUCUGGCAAAGCAGGUCUACAGUACGGCCUCGUGCGGACCGUCAAGAACGAGGUUGUGCGGUUAAAUUCCAAGGCUCGGAUCAAUGCCGUGGCACCAGGAUGGGUGAACACGGCAUUGAUCGGAGACCGCCUGGAUGAUCCGAAGGAGAUGUGGGCCGAGUGCCAGGCCACAGUUGCCCUGAAGAAGAUUGCCCAGCCUGAGGAUGUUGCCAGGGCUAUGGCUUUCUUAGCCAGUCAUCGAGCCGCCGGCCAUAUUUCUGGGGAGUGCAUCUCGGUCGAUGGCGGCAUGGAAGGCCGGAUCAUCUGGCGAGAGGACCAGAUUCUCAGGGGAAGGUCCAACCCCAGCGGUAGUGGAAUUGUCUCGCCAAAUGCAGCGAUUCCCGCCUCUCUCAGCCCGCUCAAGAGGAAACGACGGCUACGGAUCUGCCUCUCCGUUGACUUUGAUGCGAUUUCGGGGUAUCUGGGGACAGGGCAUGAUCCGGCUAACACUCUGUCAGAUUACUCUGCUGGGGUCUUCAGCGCGAAUGUCGGAGUGGGCAGAUUGCUACGGUUGUUCAGGAAGCAUGGUAUUUCGAAUCAGAUGACAUGGUUCAUCCCGGGCCACACUAUGGAAACCUUUCCUGCACAGGCCCGUGAAGUUGUUGAGAGUGGUGCUGAGAUUGGGCUCCAUGGGUACAGCCACGAGGGGGCAUAUGCUAUGACUGUGCAGCAAGAGAAGGACGUCUUGGAGAAAUGUAUCGACCUGGUCACCAAGUUGAGAGGCAAGAAACCUUCAGGAUAUCGAGCGCCGUUGUACCAGAUUCGCGAGACCACCGUCCAGAUUCUUCAGGAUCACGGCUUUCUUUACGACAGCAGCAUGAACGCCCACGACUCCCUACCUUACUUCCUACCGAACCCCUUCCCGGGAGAUCCACCCCAUGUGCCGGACUACGCAAAGGAUGCCAGUACUUGGAUGAUCCCCACGCCCAUACCAGAGCAGCCGGCGCCCGGUACUGCCGAAGCAGAGAAGGCGUUGGUGGAGAUCCCCGGAAGCUGGUACACUGAGGAUAUGACUCCUCUCGCGUUCUAUCCCUACUCAGCCAACACGCAAGGUUACGUCGGCGUGGACCUCGUGGAGAAGAUGUGGAUGGAUCGUUUCGAAUGGCUGUGGGAGAAUGAAAGCUGGCUGGAUGAGGAUCCUGGCACAGGCUAUGGUUCCGUGUACCCCAUAAUAUGGCAUCCGGAAACUGCGGGAAGGGCGCACAUUGUAGGCAUGAUCGAUCGGUUCAUCUCCAAACUCGUGUCCCGGAGGAAUGCAGCGGAAGACGGUGAGAUCACCUUUGAGACGAUGGAAAGCGUGGCUCAAAGCUGGAAGGACCGUCGGUGA